UAGCAACCAUCCAAUCUUUAUCUCUCACCCUGGUGGGCUGUAAAGACCGUGUGAAGUCUUAUGCCCGUCUAUAAAUAGAUGGAGUUAGGAUGCUAGAAGAUCCCACAACAUAGCCAUGGCUAAGCUUAGGAGCAGCAGCAAGAAGAAGAAUGGGAUUGUGAAGUUCAAAAUUGUUGCAGAGAAGCUACAAAAGAGUCUUUCAUUAGGAAGGAAAUGGAACUCCGCCCAUGUGCCUGAAGACGUAAAGGAAGGACACUUUGCUGUGGUUGCGGAGUGUGGAGAGGAACCGAGGAGAUUCGUGGUUCCCUUGAGUUACUUGACACAUCCGAGGUUCUUACUGCUCUUGGAGCAAGCAGCGGAGGAGUACGGAUUCGACCGUGAGGGAGCCCUGACGAUCCCUUACCGUGGAAGUGAACUUGAGAGGAUACUAGCUGAGCAAUGGCAAGAAGGGGACUCGAAUGCUAAUGUCAGCUGGGAUUCCUGUGAAGCCAUGAUGCAAAGCUAUUGAAAAAAAGAAAGGAGAGAACUCUAGCUGGUUAUAUAUAACUUGAUGAAUUUUUCCAUCACCUGUUGUUACUUGGUCUUCCUUGUAGACUGCAUGAAUUGCUUUCUUAUCUAUAUUUUGCAAUUCAUGUUUGGGGUAACUAAAUGGAAUGGAAAACAAAAUCCUACUUCUUGUGUUAUUAAUCUUACGCAUUCAUUCAUUAGGAAAGUA